GUUUGUUUUUUAUUUUGAUGAUCCAUCGACGGUCCAAAGCUCUCCUGCUCUGUUUUGCUUCUUCUUCUUCCCUCCCAUCAUUAGCGUCUUUGUUCACUUUCUUCAAAAAAAAUCCCCCCGAAUUCGCCUUCGGCAAUUUACAGGUCUCACCCAAUUCUUCGAUGGUUCCUAGCUAUGUUAGGUUAUGUUCCACAGGAAGUCUUAUUUAACAUCUUUCUUAAUCUUCCUACAAAAACCCUUGUUCUCUGUUCAUGCGUCUCAAAAUCAUGGCGCUCUGUCAUCGCCAAUCCAAGUUUCAUCAGCACCCACCUCAACCAAUCUUUAACCUGCAACAGGAAACUUCUGAUUCUCAAGCGCUAUUAUGGUAACAGAAGCAAGCAAGAAGUCCGGUUUUCGCUUCAUCUCGAUACAGAGACAUUGGAUCUAUACCAGGAAUUGAAAUUCCCAUUCGUCAAUCAGAAUGGGGAUUCUAAGAUCGUGGGAAUUUGCAAUGGAUUGGUUUGUUUCUUAGGUCUCGAUCUUCUUUUGUGGAACCCAUCAAUUCAAAGAGCUGUAGCUGUUCCUAGAACUAGCGAAAUUGUCACUAUCUAUGGUGUUCCAGAUUACUAUGCACUUGGAUUUGGCUUCGAUUCUUGUACCAACGACUACAAGGUGGUUAGAUUGUUAUAUUUUGAAGUUAAGACUCCUUUUAAUUAUAAAAGAUCUCCUAAAGUUGAGGUAUAUGAGGUUAGAACAGGUUCAUGGAGAGCAAUUAAGAUCAAAGCUCCUCGCUGUGAAAUAGUCAAAUCAGGAUGGACACAAGCUUUUGUCAAUGGAGCUAUCCAUUGGGUUGCUUACAGGGAAAUUGGCAGGGGUUAUAGGUGUUUCGUUUUGAGAUUUGAUAUAGUUGAGGAGUGUUUCAGUUCUAUAGCUUUGCCAGAGCGUUUGGUUAAUUACUCACCAUAUGACUUGAAAGUUGCUGUGCUAGGAGGAGCACUUUCCAUCAUGCUGUGUGGCUGGUAUUGUUUUGAAACUUAUAUGUCUUCUGUUUGGGUGCUGCAAAAUUAUGACAUCCCUGAGUCUUGGACUAAAUUAGUCAGCUUUGAUCGAUCUCAGGAGUUGGGAAUGGUGUUAGGAAUUAGGGAAAAUGGAGAGAUGCUUAUGGAAUCUAAAAGGGGGGAGGUAGUUUUGUACAAGCCAGAAAUCCAGCUUAUGAAAGGUCUUGGAAUUUAUGGUGCUGAAGAUACUUUCUAUUUAAAUACUUAUGUUGAGAGCUUGGCUUUACUGAAUGAAGGGAAAGGAAUCUCGAAGAAAGUGGCAGAUUAAGUCCUCAAUGAGCUGGUGCAAGCUGAUUGAAUGGAGAGCUUGGAUCAAGGGAUAUAUGGAAGAAAUCAAAGGAGAACAAGGUACGGUAAUUUCAAUAGUUGCCAAUUGUGAAUUUCUGAAUGUUCUUUAAUUACUUAAUACGUGAAAUUGUUAUUAAACAAAAAGUUCCUUAAUCUUGAUUAAAAUUUGUGUCAUAUUCCAGUUCAAGUUUCUAUAUGUAACAGUUUCUGUUACGUUCAGUGAGCA